UCCGGCGAACACAACCAGGCUCACCUGCUGCAGCAGAGCUGGAGGACAGCGAGUGGGUGAGCGUCUCUGAGGUACCUGCGGAGGACCAGCGUGACCGAAGGGCUCAUCUCUCAGUAUCACACACGUUUCCACGAUGAAUGGUCUGAGUGUCGCCACAGCGGUCCAACACUUCUGGAGGAGACGGUGUCUGGAGUCGUGCGCUAGCACGGCUUUUUAAAGCCUACCAGCCACCAUAUUUUCAGGGGCGACGGACCCCAUCAGGAAGCACCGACACUUCCAGCUCACCUUGCCCGGCGAUGGAGGUCCGCCGUUAGAGGCUUGGGAGCUAGGGAGGGUCGAGGGGGAGGGGGGGGUCGGCCGCAGUUUCGGCAAAAUUACGACGGGAAUCAGGUACAGCUCCCUGUCUCCCGGCAACGGGAGAGACCAGCGGGCGCUCGUGAUGUCUCGUGCCAAGGAGCGACUGAAAGGCGGGAAGGAGACCAAGGACAGCGUCACCCUGCUGCCCUGCUUCUAUUUCGUAGAGCUCCCUAUUCUGGCCUCCUCUAUUGUCAGUCUUUACUUCCUGGAGCUGACGGAUAUUUUCCAGCCGGUGCAUUCUGGGUACAGUUGUAAUGAUCGCAGUCUAUCUCUGCCAUACAUCCUCCCAAGACAGGAAGUCUGUCCAUUGCCUUUGCUCUUCAGCCUGGCCUUCGCUGCACCUACUGUCACUGCUCCAUUCAAGCCACCUUCAUCUCCACCACCAGCAUCUCCGUCCUGCUCUAAUCCCUUUCACCCACUCCGCUGAGACGGGCCACCAGAGUCUAUCCGCUAUCUAUAUUCUUUUCAUCAAUAAAUCACGUUCAUUCUU